UCUGCACCCGAGCGCUGAAAGUGAACACGUGUUGACUUGUUGGGAAGUGAAAACCUUGAUAUAAUAAACAUCUGUGUUGAACCCCUGACAUCUGGAAGUGACAGCAGCUAGUGAGCAAAACAUGGACUCCUUUGUUUUUGGGCGUGAGAAAUACAUGCUGACUAUCAUCAUCGACCGUGUGCUGGAUGACCGCUACGUUAAUCUGCCUCGGUCAGAUUUAAUCCUUCAGCUGCUAUUUACCAACCUGAGGAACCGUCCUCUGAGCACAGACAACAUUGACUCCAUGAGGGACUCAAUUUUGAGCUUGUACCACAACCUCAUCACAGGCUGCAAAGAGUAUCCCAUAAUUCCUUUCAAAGGGCUCUUCAACCCACGGCUACUGAUUAAGGCCUUCGGGAAGCAGGAGCAGAGGGAGAACGCCACACCGUGUCCUCUGAUGGAGGCCCCACCAGGUCUUAUGGUGCCCCCUGCAGACUCCAGCUUUCCUCCUCCACCAGUAAUGACGCCACCUCUUCCUGAGCAGGCGGAGCUGGAAGCCCUGAAGGCGGACCGCAGAAAUGUUGUCCGACGCAUGCAGGUUGACGGCAGGACUGUGACCCGAGUCAUCUCUCCGAUGUACCGCUCUUACAGCACUGAGCUGAAAAACCGCUGGAGAGUGAGCGACUACCGGGAAGAUGGACAAGUUCUCAUGUCGGCCCUCUGUCGAUUCCCUAAAGGGUCUCUGCUGUGCGCCCCGACUCAGAGACGGGGCAGCAAGAGAAAAGACAGCAGCAGCCCGUCUCCUCCGGUGAAACGCCUCCGAGUCUGACGGGGCGGCUUGAAGGGAUUCUUUUUCAAGGAUCCUCGUGCAUGAGAGUGACAAUGUGUGUGUGCUGAGCGACCCCCCAGGUAGCGUCUUGCACCGGGGCCGGUCCACCUUUGUAUACAGAGACUUUUAGGUUUAGUCCUCAGGGCCGAGGACCCCCCAGGUAGCGUCUUGCACCGGGGCCCUUGUGGACAUACGGCCCCACAUCAACCCUACGGUUGUCUGAGGAGUAAAUAUUUGAAUAAAGUUUGAUCAUUAUGGAUU